UUCACGUUCAUAAUCCUCAACUUCCUGAUUCCCGAAACGCUCGCUAGCAAUAUGCUCUCCCGUCGCACUCGCGGGCCGAGAAAGGGGACAGGCAGGCCUCAUCUAAGGACUAAGGGAGAGUUGAUUGCGGAGGGUUUGACAGACAGGAGCGCUGCGCUCAUGGGUUUCCUCGGGCCUUUCUGCAUAGGUUUGGGAGAGCCCAUUGUGUUGGACAUCAACCUGCAUAUCGGUUUGGUCUACGAACAUAUACGGAGUUCAUCAUGCUUUCUGCGACAUCUUCGUUUGCGCCAACAUGUACUCUAUGAGUAUUCGAAAAGUUAUUAGUUUGCCUCGUUCUCGCUGGACGACUCGCAUAAGGACUCGGCGAGGGAUACAUCCUCGCCAAUCAUUCUGACGUAUU